AUGACCGCAGAGACGUCGAUAAAGGGCAACACGAUGGGAAUAAAUGAUAAAUAUCGACAGGCUUUCCUUGUCGACUUGAGCAAAAUGUCAGAUUCAGACUCGGACAGCGACUGGGGCUCCCGCAACAAGAAGUUUCUGAAAUCUCACGGGGAGAUCAAAAUAAACUUUUCAGAGAGAGUGUUGAGCCAGUGGGGCUCCAUCCCCCUACACAAGAAGGAAGGCGCUCAGCGGAUGAGAGUUUGCGUCUUCUGGUUUCCCACGCUGCUGCAGCCCGACAUCUCCAAAACCUUCACUUGGGCCGCAGAAGUUGGCUUAAUCAACGAAGAGAAAAGUGAAGUGCUGGAUGUGGAGAACCUCCGCAAGAUUCAGGUGGUUGAAACGAUCCUGCUGCACCUGGAAGUGGCAACUUUGGACAAGGAUUCCUCCAGACACGUUUUCAUUUUUUGCAACAUGUUGCAUCAGCACUGCUCUCCAGAGAUCCUGGAGGAAGCGGUGCGCUGGCUGGAGACGCUGGGCGAUCGGUUCAGACGGGAACAGCUGCUCUGCCUGGGAGGAUUCCCCAACUGCUACACAACAUUUGGCUUCAUCUUCUCGGAGUAUGCGAAGUUUAUCCGGGAGAUGAGCAACAACCUGGACGCUACGAUGAAGGCCCUGAAGGCACCGCCCGAUGAGUCGUCUGCAAUGGAAAGUGAAGCGAUGAAGAUGUUUGGGAACGAGAAGUUCCAGGCCCAGCAGUACGCAGAAGCUCUGAUGUUUUACACCAACGCCAUCAAAUGCUAUCCUGACAAUCACAUCCUGUAUGGGAACAGAGCGCUGUGCUACAUCAAGCAGAAGGAAUAUCUAAAAGCAGCAGGAGAUGGAAAGCGCGCCGUUCUCAUCGACCCCCUCUGGGCGAAGGGCCACUACCGGUACUGCGAGGCGCUGUUCUGUCUCGGGGCCAUGGACCUGGCGUUGGAGGCCAACAGGACCGCCCGGUGGCUGUGCAGAGAAAACCCAGAGGGACUCAAAGAUCUGGACCAGCAGUUCCUGAAGUUCAGGCCGCCGCCGCCUGCUGAGCUGCCGCAGCGGCCUCAGAGCUUUAAGGUUGGGCUGGUAAAGAAAAUCCCUCAGGCGACGAAAACAGGCGGCAAGAACAAUCUGACCAGGAGCUCAGCUGCGAAGGUGAGUCAUCGAGGGAAAACGGACAAGAAGACAGCGCUGUCCGACCCGGAGGGGCGACUCAAAACAUCCAGAAGUGAGCGCGACGACCUCAGUGGUUCUAAAAUCAAGUCAAAGAGCCAAAGCGAAAUGCAGAAAGCGAACCAGAACCAGAAGAUGGCCGACAGCAAAGCAGAUUUAUGUAAGGAGCUUCGGUUUCUGGUGCAGGAGGCUCAGAGCGCGCUGUCGGAUCUCCGCAGCCGCAACGCAGAGCAGGCCUUCAGCCAGGCGCUGGGGCUGCUGGAAGCCGCGCCGGCCGAGAAACUGGGACUUUCCUCUCUGGAUGUUCUGCUGCUGCUGUUCGGUCGAGCGUCGGCCUUGAUAGAAAUCGGACAGCCGGAGGAACUGGCAGAAGCAGAGAAACUCCUGGAGAUGAAAUCGUUUGAAGAGCGAACGUUCCAGUGUCUGGUUUAUUAUGCCAUCGGCAGAGUGUUUCUACGAGAAAAUCGGUUUAAAGUUGCCAUGCAGCAGUUUUCAGAUUCGCUGCAGAUGGUGAAGAAUCAAAUUACACCAGGUAAACUCACCUGGCCGUUGAAAGAGAUUGUUAAAGAAACACAAGCGGACAGUUUCAAGGAGAUGCUUGAGGAAUCGAUAGAGUUGUGUAGAUUUCCCCCCGCCCCGGACGCCGUCUGUCGUCGAAAAUGUCUUUGCCCUCUAAAAGCUGAGAUCUAUUUCACUGACCCAGAUUUUAAGGGCUACAUUCAGAUAUGCUGCUGUCAGAGCUGCAAGGUUGAAUUUCACAUCAGCUGCUGGAAGAGCCUAAAAUCUACCAAGUUCAGUGAAAAGAAUGAAAAGGAUGUCCUGAAUGAGGCGUGUUUGACUCCCGACUGUCUGGGUAAAAUCUGCUCUAUACGAAUCUUUGGUCCUACGGGUUUGGUGAAAUGUAAGUUUGAAAUGACCAUCACGAAACCAGAGCUGCCAAAGAAACCUCGAGUUAACCAGAAAGCCACCAGUGUGAAGAAGUUAAAGUCCAGAGAUCAGAAGCAGAAGAGGAAACAGUUCAAACAGACGUUUAAGGAUCCGAAAACCAACAACCAGGAAAUCCUGCAGAAGGACGACUCUGGAUCGCAGAAUCAACAGAAAGCCUGGUUGGUGUACAGAGACCGGGUUCUGCUGCAGAUCAACCAGAACCUGGACCUGCUGCGGGAGGAGCAGGGCCUGCAGGUGUCGGCGCUGGCCAGCGGCCUGCGGCCCUGGCUGGAGCUGGACUGGGCACGGGGGAACCGCCUGGCCGGCCGCCUGCUCCACUGGCAGCAGGAGCGGCUGCAGACGCUGGGCCAGGCCGUGGAGCUGCUGCUGGAGCGCAAGAACCGGGUCUGGGCCCGGGUCUUCAUCCAGCAGCUCAGCCACUGCGUGGGAAUAGAUGCCAAGCUGAGCAAGUGGGCGUGUCAGCUGGACGGCGCAGGGCUGACCGCGGCGCAGACCUUCAUCGAGCGGCACUCUGAGCACCUGGAGCAGCUGGACCUGGCGGUGCUGCUGAACUUUGACCCCUUAAAGCAAAUGAUUUUAGAGAAACUAGACACUAAAGUGGAUUUGUUUUGGCGCCUCGGCCUGACGGUGACGGAGUUUCUAAAGCAGGCCUCGGCGCGUGACGUCCGGCUUUUUAUCUGGACUCUGGAGGAGCAUAGACACGACUACGUUUGUUGUCACAGUAUACUGGAUGAAUAUUUUGAUAUGAUGGAUACUCAUUGUUCUGUGUUAAAAAAGUCUGAAAAUGAUCAUAUUUCUCCUACUCGAAGUAGAAGUCGAGGCCGGAAAAGAAACGAAAGGUAGAUGGGGGUUUUCGGUUUGCCUCCGACCCGAGCGCUAACGCCCAGAGAGUGGGACCAGGACCUUUUUGAAGAAGACUCUUUAUCGUUCCUUCACCCCGGUGACCCGUUUAGCGUUCCCAGCCACCUUAGAGAGCAGGUGGCUGAUUUUGAGGACCAAUACAGAUCGACCUAUACAAAAUUUUUAGACAACCACCCUGACUCCACCAAAGAAAGUCUGUAUGAGUAUUUCGCCCAGAUCCUGGAGGAGCACGGCCCGCUGGUGGACGAGGACCGCCUGCUGGUGGGCGAACUCGCACUUCCGGACGCGGCUCGGAGGAAGAUCGCCGAGGCGGGCGGCCUGGAGAGCUUCCUGUUGGAGUCGCUGCACUUCAUUAAGAUCGGGCGACGCAUCGGCCUGACCCGGCAGGCCGUCGGCCCGCGGCACGCCGCCAGCCUGGACGACCUGGACGACAUCGGCGACCCGCGGCACGAUGCGGCGUCGCCCGACCCGCGCGCGCUGGCUCCGACUACUGUCGGGUUCUGCUUCCCCGUUGCCGGAGCGCAGCCGGUCCUGCCCGACCCGUACUCCUUCUACCCGGCAGGAAGCGACGCUGCGGCCGCCUGGUCGGUCAUCGACUGCGGCUGCACUGCCAAACGGUUCGCCGAGCCUCAGCUGGACGCUCUGGACGAUAUUUCUGAGCAGUUGGACAGAGAUCCGACUCCUCACAAGAGCGUUUUCUCCUCGGAGGCGAGUCGUUGUCGUAGCGACGCGGCGGUUCAGACGAGUGCGGGCGCCGUGAGCAGCGUGGCGGUGAACACAGAGCGGCACGAACGCUGGGAGGCGCAGCAGGGUGACAUCAAGCAGGAGCGGAGCAACAGGAAGUUGGAGCAGCAAAUACUGCAAACCAAUGAAGUCGACCAGAGCGAGCAUGACGACGUCCGACUGAUGGAGAAGGAGAUGAAAGAAAUCACCACGAAUAUCCAGGUGACCCAUAGGGAGCUGCUGAUGUUUCAGCAGAAGCGAGAGGAAGUGAAGAAGGACCAGAAGGAGAAGAAAUCCAAGGAGGAGCUGAAGGUGCUGAAGACGGAGGUGGAGCACCUGGGGGAGCAGGCCAGCUUUUCCAGGAGCAUCAGAGAGAAGAACAACAGCUAUGAGGUCAAACUCAACGACUUCCUGGAGCUCAGCAACCAGUCAGCGGCUGAGAAGAUGAGUUUGGAGGAUGAGAUAAAGCGCCACCAGGCUCUGCUGACCUCUGCUGGCAGGAGGUCCUACAUGGCUCAGCUGUCAGCGGCUGAAAGCAAGGAUCAGAGUCUGAACGUCCUGCACAGAGAGCUCGCCGAUGCCAAGACGCUGCUCAGCAAGCUGGAUGAGGCGGUGCUCAGAACCCAGAACCAGGAGCUGGAACCGGUGAGGAACGGCUGCAAAGCAAAGGUGGAGGAAGUGGAGAAGAACAUUUCCACUGCUGAGCGCCGCUAUCAGGACGUUCUGGACCAGCUGAGUGGCCGCCGGGUCGGAGACGGUGCGGCCGCUCCAAUCGGACCGGUUCUGCAGAUUCCUGCCGCAGCCAACGAUCCGCCGCCUCAACCCGCCUCUCCAGCCGCCGCCGAGGCCGCCCCGCCCGCCGCGCCGCCCCGAGCCGCCGCCAGGAAGGAGCCGCUGCUCGUCUCGGUUUUCCAGAAGGCCAUGGACAGCCUGACCGCCAUGUUUCCAGACUAUUCCAGGUCCGACUUGAUGCGUUUCGUUCAGGACUUCCGUCUGGCCAGAGGGGGAAGUCUGAACCUGGUGCCGCUACAGGAAGUGGUCAGCGGCGUGGCGCAGCUCAUCCUGGACCAUCAGGAAACACUGAAGUCAUCCGCCGCCGUGGGCCGGUCCAGCCCGGCUCAGGGGAACCAGAACCCGGUGUGGCAGCUGGUCGGAGCGCAGAGAGUCCGAAACCCGAACGCCCUGAACAUGGAGGAUCCCUGCAUCAUCUGCCAUGAGGACAUGAGUCCAGAGGACGCCUGCGUGCUGGAGUGUCGGCACAGCUACCACGACCAGUGCAUCCGGUCCUGGCUGAAGGAGAAGAACACCUGUCCCACCUGCAGGACUCACGCGCUGCUGCCUGACGACUUCCCCGCUCUGUCCACCAGGAGGCGCCAGGCCCCCUGAUGCUCCGUUUCUGCUUUUAUCCCAUUUUUAAUUUUAUUUUUAAAAUUUCGUUCUUUAAAUUAUUUGUUUUCCUAAUUUUAUUUACAUUUAAAACUUGAGAAAAUAAAGAAUUUGGUGUUGGA